CCGCUUCCCCGGGGCCGCGGCCGAGGAUGCUCCGUCUGCCGGCGGCGGCGGCGGCGGCGGGGGGGGAGCGCGUUCCCGGCGGCGGGGGCUGAGCCAGCGGCGGGGAACCGAGCCCCGGCCCUGCCCGGGACACUUAGCGGGGAGGAAGAAGAAGAGGAGGAGGAGGAAGAAGAAGAAGAAGAGGCCGCCCACGGCCUCGGCCCCGCCAUGCCGGGCCCCACCGGGGAGCGUGGCCCGGCGGCAGCGGUUCCCCGGGGGCUGUGAACGACCCGGGGCCGGCGGAAGGUGGCGGGGGGGGGGGGGACGCCCCGGAGCGGCAUGGCCAGCCCCGUCCCCCCCGCCGCUGCCGCCGCCGGGAUUUAGCCGGUGCCUCCUGGAUGCUUUCGUCUCCCGUUGCCACUUCGGGCGGGCAUGUGCGCGGGGGAGACGGGCCGCCCCCAGCGGACCCCCCCAGCGCCCUGACUCCCCGGUGAGGGGCUCCGCCGCCGGCCCCGUCCCGCCACCGGCCCCGGAGGACGGCGGAGAGUCCGCCCGCCCGCCCCGGCCCCGCUGGCCGGUGGGUGCCGGGCGGGGGGCGGCGGGGACCGGUUAACUUGGUUUUAGCCUACCCCGGUACCGGCUGGGGAACCCCCCCACCCCCCCUUCCGGAGGAGAUUUGGGUUUAAACUUUGGCUUUUUGGGAAGCCCCGAAGAUGCCUUUCCACCCGGUGACGGCGGCUUUGAUGUACCGGGGGAUCUACACCAUCCCCAACAUCCUCGCCGAGCAGCACCCCGUGGAGAUCCCCGAGGACGAGCUGGAGGAGAUCCGUGAAGCCUUCAAGGUGUUCGACCGGGAUGGCAAUGGCUUCAUCUCCAAGCAGGAGCUGGGCACGGCCAUGCGCUCCCUGGGUUACAUGCCCAACGAGGUGGAGCUGGAAGUCAUCAUCCAGCGCCUCGACAUGGACGGCGAUGGGCAAGUGGACUUUGAGGAGUUUGUGACGUUACUGGGGCCCAAGUUGUCCACCUCGGGCAUCCCGGAGAAGUUCCACGGCACAGACUUCGACACCGUCUUCUGGAAGUGCGACAUGCAGAAGCUGACGGUGGACGAGCUGAAGCGGCUGCUGUACGACACCUUCUGCGAGCACCUCUCCAUGAAGGACAUCGAGAACAUCAUCAUGACGGAGGAGGAGAGCCACAUGGGCACGGCCGAGGAAUGCCCCGUCGACGUAGAGACCUGCUCCAGCCAGCAGAUCCGGCAGACCUGCGUGCGGAAGAGCCUCAUCUGCGCCUUCGCCAUCGCCUUCAUCAUCAGCGUGAUGCUCAUCGCCGCCAACCAGGUGCUGCGUAGCGGCAUGAAGUAGCGGGACCACCCCGAGCGCCUGCCGCCGGCCACCGACGGGGAGCCACACGUAUAGCGAGGAGUAGAGAGAUAUAUAAAUAUAUAUCCAUAUUCAAAUCAGACACGCAAAACCCCCCCCCCGGGAGGGGGGCAAACCCGAGGAGGGGGAAGACCCGUGCCGGGUCCCCGCUGUCCCGGUGCGAUGCGAUCGCAUGGCUGUUUGCAGAACAUGGAAACUUUGAU